AUGAGUGUAAAAGCAGUGCAUAUUGAAGUGGUUACUGAACUAUCGACUGAAGCUUUUCUUGCAGCACUUGAUCGCUUCGUUGGACGUCGAGGUUAUCCAUCAGACAUUUAUUCAGACAAUGGAACAAAUUUUGUUGGUGCUGAACGUCAGUUGAAGAUGAUAGUUAGCUCUGAGAAGAAUCGUGCAGCAUUGGCCAAGGCAGUUCCUAGUGUUUGGCAUUUUAAUCCUCCAAAUGCCCCGCACUUUGGUGAGUUUACUACCAUCAUUAUACGCAUAGAGUCAAUAUUAAAUUCUAGGCCUCUAUCACCUCUGUCUAGUGACCCCCAUGAUUUACAGUGUCUCACUCCUGGGCAUUUUCUAAUAGGUGAACCUUUAUUAGCUGUCCCUGAGCUUGAUGUUAGUGAAAGUUCUGUUGGUUUGAUUAAAUGA